UUUCACUUCAGUAACUUAUAAUCUCCCAGGCAUACAUUCAACAUUCAUACUUGUUCUCAAGUAUGUAGGAUUCGAAGGCCCAGCCAGCGGUUGCUCAUUCACUGUACCUACGAUAUCGAUCGAACCUCGGUUGUCCCCAUUCCCAACGCCCUUUUCCCCUUACUCUCUUGCAACUUCAAGAUAACGACGGGCAGUAGUUUUAGCGAGAAGUCUACACAAUGUCGAACAGAACUAAAGAUUCGUCACAACCGUUGGGUCCAGCACCUACACGGUUACGUCAAAUUGCACUGGUAGCUAGGGAUCUGGAGAAAGCUAGACAUCUUUUAACCACCACCAUCGGAACAGAAGUCAUAUAUGAAGAUCCGGCAGUCGAGCAAUGGGGACUGAAGAAUAUCCUCGUCCCCAUCGGCGGCGAUAUAAUCGAAGUCGUAUCACCUACUCUGCCCACGGCACCCGCAACCCGCCAUCUGGAGAAACUCAACGCUGACGCAGGAGGCUACAUGAUAAUAAUGCAAACGCACAUGCCCUCUGCUCUCACCCGUCUCGAGCACAUCACAAUCCGUAAUCUCGCCAGACCUAUAUUUACACACUCAAGUUCAGAUAGUGAUUUGGUGCAGUACCAUCCAAAGGGCAUUCCAGGCGGUAUGAUGCCCGAACUUGAUUCUCACCGUCCUGAUAGAGCACAUCCGGAUCCUUUAUAUGAGAGGUGCUCGCCCUGGCAUGCCGCUGGGCCAAAGGAGAGAUAUGGUUUGUAUCGGGAGGGUAUGAAAAGAUGUGGAGAUUUGCGAUUGGUUAAUGUGGUUUUAAGACUUAGAGCAGGGGAUGGAGAUGUGGAGGGAGCGGCGAAGAAGUGGGAGGAGAUUUUUGGUGUGGCGAGGGGAAAGAGGAGUGAUGAACUGGGAUUUACAAAUGCAAAGUUGAGAUUUUGUAAAGGGGAGAAAGGGAGGAACGAGGGGUUAGUAGAGGUGGGUAUUGCUGUGGAGGGGAUGGAAAGGAGAGACGGGAUCCUAAAGAGGGCGGAAUGGGAGGGUUUAAAGAUCCAGGGAGGGGUCCUGGAGAUGUUGGGUAUCAGGUGGAGGUUCACGAUUUAUGAUGGGAGACAGGAAGUUGAGGAGAAAAGUAAUCUGUAGAUCUGAACUGAAGCGGAUCCUUGCGAAUGCCUUAUUUGGAUUCCAGUGCAGCUCAGAGAUAGCAGGGCAAGGGCUUUGAUGUGAUGUGUCAUUGGAGUAUGGACUCCGGACCACAACGCAGGGGGAUGGCGCAGUUAAGAGACUGAAUGCACGAGAAUGUGUGGGCUUUCAAACAAUUCUACCAUGCAGUCCGCGAUGCAUGGAUGGAUCU